UUGUGACUGUAGUGGGAAAGAAGACCGAUAGUUUUUUACAUCCUUGUUUGAGUUUCUGAGGGGGAAAGACAUGUUUUGCGGAGGAAAAGUAACGUGUGAGUCUGAACUGCACAGUGUUGAAAGCCGACAACCAGGGGAUGUUACCGAGUGUUGCGCGAGCCUCCUCGUUGGCCAAACAGGACCAUAAAUCUUUCUCCGAAGAGGAGAAAACCUCUGCUUGUGACUACCAAAAGGUGAAGAAGAGGAAAUAAGGAAGAGGAUCAAAGUGGAGGAGGGCAACCGUUUCGAAAGGAGUGCCUUUAGAAGUGAGGAUCGAGGAGCACGGCAGAUUCUGCAGCACUUUGUGAACAUUGAGGAAGAGAUGAGGCCGAUAAAGAAGCACAGGGGGCGUUCACCUCCAAUGACUAGAGGCAGAGGCGGGAAGAGGAGAGGAGGCGCCCAGCUCCUCCCGGAAAAAGACUCCAAAAAAGUCAAGAAGGAGAUGACCGUCAAAGCCGCACAGCACACAACCACCACUCCUUCAAAACGCAAACAGACUCUGCCCUCAGCGGCGAGCUCAAACGAAGAGCUGAUCACAAAUAGCAAAACAGUGAUGAAGGAGGAGCCCGCCGAGCCGAGGAAACCUGUGGAGUCGCAUGAGAAUAACCGAAAGAAGGACGAGGAGAAGAUAGAGAAGGAAAAAAUAGCGGGCACAAAUGGAAACAGUACCGUUGCCUCUGACGCUGUAGCAUCUCCGACAUCUGCCCCAGUGCCACUUUCCACGCCCACCCCCCCUCUGAUCACCAACCACAGCCCCAGUUUAGCCUCGGUUUCUAGCAGGAAAACAGCCACUUUUAAGGCUCGUGUACCCAAGAAAAAAUACACAUACGAGCAUUUUUCUAACAAUGCAAGUGUCAUGACUACCAUUCCUACCUCCAGCCCUGCACUCAUUCAUAACAGUUACUGCAACAGCAAAAUCGAUGAGAGCGAGAACACUCCCAACAAUAAUUAUAAGAGUAGUAACAGCGUCAGUAAUAGCAUUAAUGUUAGUAUUAGUAGUACUAACACUACAAAUGGCAGUAAAAAUAUGACUAACAUUAGUAACACUUGUGCAGGGACCCAUAGUGCUUUUAUCAAUAGCAGAAGUAAUAAUUGCUCAGGUAAUCAGUUGUCACUGCUGGUUGUGGAUAGUAAAGCUCCCAGAGGAGUAAAUCAUUUAGUCUCCAUGGAGGUUAAACCUCUCAGGACAGCAGAUUCCCAGGAAAGAGAGUCCCUGUCUGGAGAGCACGAGUUGGAAGGGCCCCCUAACUCGGUGCGCUCGUCCUCCACCGACACGGCCAGCGAGCACUCGGCCGACCUGGACAUGGUGGAGGCAACAGGACCGAGUCUGCAGCAGAAGAACUCCCACGUCCCAGCUCCUCUCCACAACUCGCUCCAUAAGGAGGCCGGUCUGGCUGAAGCUCUGGCGAAAGGCAUGAAGAACCAGAGAGUCCUGGCUCGUCAGAGAAAGAGGACCGUGGGAAGUGGGGUUCAGGCUGCAGGCAACAGAGACUCAUGCCCCCUGUCGCCUGUGUUUAGACAAGGUGUGGUGCGUUGUGUGAGUGGAGGCGCCGUUGAGGUCCAGCUUCAAGGAGAGGAGACCCUCAUUAAAUACCCCUUUCAUGGUGGAACUGUCAUGGCUUCGACCCCGGGAGCCGAGAGCACUGUGGAGCUCAUUUUGGAUGCGCCGCCACCUGGAACGGCACCGGUGGCUGUCGGGACCCAAGUGUGUGUGCCGUUCAGCGGAGAGGAAGGGGGUCCCCUUCUGUACAGAGAAGGGAUUGUUGCUCAGGUGGACCCGCACCCCGGUGUCUCCUUUCCUUACCAGGUGCUUUUAAGCGAAGACAAAGGGCCGCCGGGCGGAGGGCAGGAAGAGAAAAGAAAAGCAAACGGUCAGGCUGUGUGGGUGUCCCGACAGAGCCUGAGGCUACUCACCCCCCCCUGGGAAGUGUCGCAUUUAGAUGGUGGGAGGGCAAAAGAGAGAGAGCGGGAGAGAGAGAGGGAAGAGAGGGAGCGGCGGGAAGAGAUGGAGGUAGAAAGGGAAGUGUGCCAGUUGAGUAUUGGGAUGGGGGUGCUGGGAGGUGGAGCCAGGAUGGGUCAUGUAUUUUCACAUGACGUGGUCACAGUAGGACAUACGUACGGAAACCUGCACCCACCAAACCAUUCCUCCACUGCGGCGUCCAGCGUGGCGGUCAGCACAGGUCACGGCUGCGUAGAGAAUUAUUCUGACAGGGAAAGACAGAAGCAGCCGAACACUCCGGAGGAAGAUGUUGAGGUGUCCCGUUUUAACAUGGGAGUCACGAUCGCUUCAAAACCAAAUGUUGGGACCACUCAGCACAGAAACAUCCUCUCUAAAUCCAGUGGCUACCCUCCCUCCUCCUCCUCCACCUCCUCGUCCGCCUCUUCUUUCUCCUCACACCUCACUGUGGUGCGUGGUCUGGGACCCCCGCACCUCUCCACUAUAAGUAGUCCUCAGCCACCCAAAUCCCCCGCCUUACCGGGGUCUGACACAACAAGCACCACUCCAAACCUACCUCCAUCCAAGACCACGCCCACCCAGACCCCUACUCCCACUUCUGGUGCCGGGUCCUCCUCUACCUCCUCUCGCUCGCGGACUCCCCUCUCGCUGGCACAGCAGAAGUACAAAAAGGGCGACGUGGUGUGCACGCCCAAUGGCAUCCGUAAGAAGUUCAAUGGGAAGCAGUGGAGGAGGCUGUGCUCCAGGGAGGGCUGCAUGAAGGAGUCUCAGCGUCGAGGAUACUGCUCCAGACAUUUGUCUAUGAGGACCAAAGAGAUGGAGGCAGCAGGUGGAGAGAGGGGAGGAGGAGGAGGCAGCAGCUCAGGGACGGUCACUCCCUCUGACCUGCGGGGGCGAGCGAGCAGUGAGUUCGAGUGGGACGACACCUCAAGAGAGAGCAGCGAGACGAGUAGCAGAGGAGACUCCAGACCCCGCCUGGUCCUCCCCUCACUCCUCCCUCACGAUCUGUCCUCGCGGUUCGACUUGGAGGAGUGCGAAGCCGCCACCAUGUUGGUGUCAUUAGGGAGCUCCCGCUCCGGCACCCCUUCCUUUUCUCCCAUUUCCAACCAGUCGCCCUUUUCCCCUGCCCCCUCUCCCUCACCCUCGCCAUUGUUCGGUUUCAGGCCGGCCAACUUCUCCCCGAUCAACGCGUCCCCGGUCCUGCAGCACCGGAGGCACCGGCAGCCCAGUGGCACGGGGGGAGGAGGGGGAGGGGGCAGUAAGGCAGCGACCCCGGCCGGAGGUGGAGAGAGGGAGAGACACAUGUCAGGCAUCCAGCCCUCUUUCCACAGCAACCUGACGUUCACGGUCCCCAUGAGCCCCAGCAAGCGGAAGCCAGACGGGCCCGCUCCGCCGCCCCUCCCGUCACACCACCACGACUACACCCCCAAAACCGAGCUGGAGCAGGGCGACCUCAACAACUCUUUCAGGGUGCUUUCCCCCCAAACGCCGGCUUCACAUUCCCGCACACACACCCCCACCUUCUCCCGGCCCAGAGGAGUCACCACCCCCUCCUCCAGCAGGCCCCCGUCCUCCACGGCCGCCUCCCCUCCUCCUCUGCUGGUGUCCCCGACUCCCCCUUCUCCUCUGGCGGCCGACGGAGGCCCUCGUCGUGUGGUCCCCGUGUCCCAGCAGGCCUUACGGGACUCCCCCGUCAUUGUGAGGAAUCCUGAAGUCCCACUGGCAAAGUUUACAGAGUGUCCCCUGGGAAGAGGAGGAGGAGGAGGAGGAAUAGAUGGAGGGAUAGAAAACGCUUCAUCUAAAGAUAUAACUCUAACCUCCCUCACUCCUCAGCCAAUCUCGGGCCUCCAGGUUCCCGUCCCCAUCAACGCCGCCACGGCCACAGUCCCCAACGGCGCCGUCCUCCUGCGGAGCCCGGCCCAGACCCUGGUGCUCGUGUCUCCCUCACCUUCCUCCUUGCCCUCCAGUGACACCACUGCCACCACCCUCCAGGCCCUGUCGGUUACCGUCAGCACAACAGUCACGGCUGCCGCGCCGAGCAGCGCGGACAGCUCCGGGGAGCCGGGGGAGAACCGGAGCGCGGGGUUUGUUGGCGAGGUCCAGCAGCCGGUCCCCUGUCACCCCUCUCCCACCGCUCUGCUGCCCCUGAUCCUGCCGGCGGAAAGUCUUCACCCCGUACCGCGCAAGGACAUCAUCAUGGGACGUCCUGGCACAGUGUGGACCAAUGUCGAGCCCAGAUCAGUUCCAGUCUUCCCUUGGCAUUCGCUGGUCCCAUUUCUAGCACCUACCCAGUCAGAUGCUCCCUCUCAGCCAGGAGAGGGCCAGCACCCAGUUAACCACCCCCAAGCAGCGAGUCUGAAGACAGAAUGUCAGGGGGUGGCAGCGCUGUCACUGGAGCCUGCAGAGGCCCCUCCCACCGCAGAGAGAGGUCCCCCGUCCCGGCCCCCCCCUUCCUCUGAUGAGCCGCCUCCAGAGAAGGAGAAAGGAGAUGCAGAGAGGGAGAGGCCAGACAGUGAAACUGAGAGUGACGUGGAUGACCCCUUCCUCCCGGGAGUCAUACCAGAGCAGCCCCUCACCACAUCUCCAGUGAAGAGACGCACUCAGUCCCUCAGUGCACUGCCCAAAGAUGGAGACAAGAGCAGCCCAGGAAAGAGGGAAAAGGACCACAUCAGACGACCAAUGAACGCAUUUAUGAUUUUCAGUAAGCGCCAUCGAGCGUUGGUGCACCAGCGACACCCGAACCAGGACAACCGAACAGUCAGCAAGAUUCUUGGGGAGUGGUGGUACGCCCUGGGACCUAAAGAGAAACAAAAAUAUCAUGACUUAGCCUUUCAGGUGAAAGAGGCCCACUUUAAGGCCCACCCAGACUGGAAGUGGUGCAACAAAGACAGGAAGAAGUCCAGCUCUGAAGGUCGUGGGGUCCCAGGGGGCAAAGACAUCAGAGAGAGGAGUAUGUCUGAAUCCACAGAGCCCCAUUCUGUGGAGCUGAAGGGAGUCAUUGCGGGUGUAGUGGGAGUUUCAGAGAGGAGCGCAGCAGAGGGUCCUGUGGGUCAGCUUACUCGUCCCAGAGCUUUCUCUCAAAGUGCCGUGCACAGUCUGGAGCGGGGCGACCGGGGAAACACACAAGCUCUGGCAGAGCUGGCACAGAUGUGCGGGGACGGUGGCAGUCAGUUUUCGAGCCACGCUCCUCCGCUGUCGCAGUCUCAGCGGGGAGUCAGCGAGGACAUGACCAGCGACGAGGAGCGAAUGGUCAUCUGUGAGGAGGAGGGUGACGAUGAUGUCAUUGAGGACCCUUAUCCGAGCAGUUCCAUAGACCUCAAGUGUAAAGAGCGAGUGACUGACAGCGACAGUGAGAACGGUUCAGGGGAUGAAAGCGAUCGCAAGAGAGUUUUUGCUCCAGUCAUCUGCUCCUCUGCAUCAUCCUCAUCCUCACAUCACACCCCUCAUGGCAGGAGUGUCUCACUGUCCUCUUACCCCACCAGCAAGCGAUACGACGAGGGGAGAUCAGGAGGGGGAGGCUUCUCUGACCUCAGGAGGAAGGAGAGAGGAGAGGGAGAUGGUAAAGAUGCAUUUGGGUGCGAGGGAGGCGGGAAUGUUCCCACCUCCUCUCUCUCCCUCUCCUCUGGCCAGUCAGUCCCUUCUCCAGCUGGAGGGCCUCCGUCCUCAUCAGUAGGUCCCCUGGGCUCCAACCCCCUCCUGGGCAUUGGCGCCGUGAGGGUGGCCUCCACGGUGGUCACCAACGUGAUGCGCCCUGUCAUCAGUACUCCGCUCCCGAUCGCCAGCAAACCCAGAGACGGAGGCACUUCUUCCAGCCCACACCCACCAGACAGGAAGUCCCUGACCCCCCAGCAGCAGCAGCAGCACCACCACCACCACCACCAACUGGUGCUUGGUUCCGGAUCAGGAGCCGGGGCCUCGGCUCCAGGGGGUGGGUACUACUCCUCGUCGUCUCCUAAUCCCGUAGGUGGAGCGGGCCCAGGCGGUGUGGUGACUAAUUUGGUGUUAGGGGGAGCUUUGUCUGCCCAGCCCGCUGUACAGCUCAUCACCCCCUCCCCUCAGCCGCACCCCUCCCCGCAGCAGACCCUCUCCUCCACAGCCGUCUCAGCCCCACACAGCCAAGCCAACGGGCCCCUGCCUCUGCCCUUGCUUCAGCCCCAGUUUCUCCCCGCCUCCUCACUGGCUCCCCCUGGGGGUAAGGCCAUCACACAAGUCCAGUACAUUCUGCCAACCCUACCUGCCAACAACAACAACAACAACAACCACCCCAAGAGUCCACCUCAGCAGCUCAGCCAGCCAACCAGUAUCUUCAACCUGCCCACAGCCCCACCGACACACAUGUCCCUGGCCAACGGAAAACAGCAGGGCGCAAGUUCACUGGCAGGAUACACGUCCAGCCCGGCGGUGGGAGUGGUCAGUCCGGGGACCAGAGUGCAAACCCAGUCUCCGGUGCUCCAGGGUAAAAUGCUUGUUCCCAUGGCAACAGUUCGAACUGCGCCAGCCCCCACCCAACAGUUUCCCAUUGUGGCUCCACCUGUUCCUGUCCAGAACGGCGCUCAGUCCGGAAGCAAGAUCAUCCAGAUUGCCCCCAUGCCUGUGGUGCAGUCCCAGCUGCCUCAGGGUGGAGCGGUGCAUCCCGCUAGCCCCUUUCCAGUAACGGUGGGCGCCGCAGCCGUGGUGGCUCCGGGAUCAGCCCCUUCACAGGCCGUGCUGCUGCCGCCAGCACCAACAAGGAUCACCUAUGUCCAGUCCACUCCGGGGGUCCCAUCCACCAUCCCCGUCGUGUCCACCACCACCACCGGCGCUUCUCCCACCCAGCAGGCCGUGCCUGUGCCCGGGUCGGCGUACGUCCCCUCGCCCCUCGCCACGCUCGGGUUCACAGCCAUCGCGCCGCCCGGGCAGACGCUCGUUCAGCCGCUGAUCGCAGGUCAGCCCCCCCUCAUAGCCGCCGCUCAGUCUCCGCAGCCCUCCACCUCGGCCCCCGCCUCGGCCUCCGGAGGACAGAUAGUCACGGCCAUCUACCCUUCUUCACCUAGCGUCACCAUGGCAACAGGGGUGGUCUCCAUGGCAGCGGUGCCCCCCAGCGUGGUGUACUCCGUCUCCAGCCCCUCCAGCGCUUCCCCCCACAUCCUGCCCAAGCACACCGCGACGCCCGUCGCCGUCACGCACCCACACCCGCAGGCUCACGCCGACAGACAGGCGGACCGGCCGGCCGAGCUGCUGACGCAUCCAGACAGGCAGCUGGAGAGGCAGGCGCAGACCGCCGCCAGCAGCAGCGGCGGCGGCGGCAGCUCAGUGGCGCCUCCCAGUGGCCCAGCUGUGUCCUUAAGGCCCUGCAGUCCUCUUCAGAUGCAGACGCCUGGCAGUGCGCCGGGCACGCCCAAGCUAACCCCGCUCCCGGUGCGAAUCCCGCAGAAGGUGAAGGCGACAGUGGCCACCAUCCCCGUGGGCAGCUAUGAUGGGGGGGGCCGGGGAAAGGAGAGAGAGCGGGACAAAGACAGGGAGAGAGAACGGGAGAGAGAGAGGGAGAGAGAAAAGGAAGCGGCAGUAAACAGUCACUUUUCCUUUGAUCCCGAGCCGGCGGGGCAGACCAGGUCUCCGUCGGCACAUCCCAGCGACGAGCCGCCGCCCCUGCCGCCCCCCGACAGAGGCCCGGAGGGAUGCGGCGCCGCAGAGGCCUCUGAAGCCAAGAACAGAGAAAGCACAACCAAAGAGGCUGGCUGGAAGGAGUCCCUCCCUUCCUCGCCUCUCCCCCCUCCCACAGCCGCCGAGCCCACCCUGCCUCCCCCACAGACCGACAAAGACGGCCCGACUCCCAAAAAGGUCAAAGCUCGCCCACCUCCGCUGAAGAAGACCUUCGACUCGGUGGACAAGACGGGCAGGGUGUUGUCGGAGGUGUAUUUUGAGGAACGCUUCGCCGAGCUGCCCGAGUUCCGGCCCGAGGAGGUCCUGCCUUCACCCACCCUGCAGAGUCUGGCCACUUCCCCCAGAGCCAUCCUGGGCAGCUACCGCCGCAAGAGGAAGAACUCAACAGAUUUGGACUCAGCCACUGAUGAUCAAGUGUCUCCAAAGAGGAAGAGUCGGCGGCGCUCCAGCUGCAGCUCUGAGCCCAACACGCCUAAAAGUGCUGCGAAGUGCGAGGGAGACAUCUUCACCUUCGACAGAGCAGCGCUCCAUGUGCAUGCUCCCCUCCCAGCCCCGGAUGGAGAGGACAUCCUGGCAGAACUGGAGUUCGAUAAGGUGCCGUACUCGUCCCUGAGACGCACUCUGGACCAGAGGAGGGCGCUGGUCAUGCAGCUGUUCCAGGAGCAGGGCUUCUUUCCGUCAGCUCAGGCCACCGCAGCCUUCCAGACCAGAUACUCCGACAUCUUUCCCACCAAGGUGUGUCUGCAGCUGAAGAUCAGGGAGGUCCGGCAGAAGAUCAUGCAGACCGCCACUCCCUCCGACGCCUCCGACCUGGUGGGCUCCCUGCCCGGACCCUCAGGCUCUCAGUCAGGGGAGGCGUCCGCGAGAGGAGGGGUGGACCUGCAGGACGAAGACGUGGAACAGGGUACAGACGCCGUCCCAGAGGACGCCCGGGACUCCCAGGACUCCUCCAGAUGAGGGGCGCCGACGCGUUUCAUUGACCAAUCAGUAUCCGGUGACCUUCUCACCCCACGCACAAACACGCUGUCAUGCUUUUCUCACCGCGCUCGGGUCAGAUUCUGAGUCUCCUUCCAUCCUCCGAAGCCAACCUUUGAGAGUGAGAAUGGUUUGAAAUGUUGGGACCUACUAUUUUCUCUUUUUUUUUUUUUUUUUUUUCGACACGUGAUCCUUACACCAAAAAAAAGGACCCUUUGAAAAGCAGUGGCACAAAAACUCCCACACGCCUCCACCACGUGUACACACACACCCACACACACACACACACACACACCAUGCAAACUCUUUUACUCCCUCACUUGAAUUAGCAAUCUGUAUUUAACCACCCUGGAGGAAACUCCCAUCGAUGCCAGUGAACGAAGGACCACUGUGUAGAGCUGCACUCAUCUGCCUUGAAGGAGACAAGAAAAAAAAAAAACCAAACAGGUUCUCACGUUGGACUGAGAGACCCGCGGUGACGGUCGGCGCUUUUAGAAUUGGACAUUCUAUGUUUUUGAUAUUUGUUUUAGAGGAUCUGCUUGAGGAGCAACCUUGUAUGUAUGUGUUGUAACCUGGUGUUUAGUUUCCGCUGCCUCUCGGGGGCUGGGCCCCCAACAGGCGGAAACCUCUUGAUUUGAUGGGACGAGUCGUUGCAGUGGACCUGGAAAGAUGUUUUUUGUUUUGUUUUUUUACAUUUUUUCUUUUCUUUCAUUCUUUUUACUCGCCUGUAGACCUUCAGGGGAGGUUUACCAGGAGUGACUGAAAAACAAACUGACUGAAACUUAAAGUGGACUUUUGGCAGUGCCAUCAUUCCUGUUGUUUUACCUGACUGGCCGAGUCCUCCCUUCUCGCGGCUGAGCCGAGCACGCGCCAGUAGGUAGGAACCAAGCAUUCCUGUGCCUCUUGUUCGCUAGCCAUGAAGGAAGGAGGUGGGCCAGAGUCACCGGGCACAUCCUGGCUCUUACUUUCAGAGGUCGGGGCUGAUAAGACCUUAAUCCUCUAUUUGCCAAGCAGUUUUAUUAACUUUUUUU